GAAAUUCUCUUUUCAUUUGAACCAUUUUGCUUUUGAAAACAGCUGAUUCCCUUUCAUUCCUCCAUUCAUUUUCCAGAUAAAGAAUACCAUGUCGGGAGGUUUAAGGAUCACUAACGCUGUGCGUAACUCUCGCUUCAUAAUCGGUGCCCUGGUUAUCUUUGGUAUUGUUAUAUUUUUAGUAUCUUCACCUUCAAAUGUUGGCGAAGGUUUAUCAAAGGCCAAAUUAGGUGGUUUAGAUUUCACUUCAAACAAUAAUAAUGCUGGUAAUGGUGCUGCAGCCGUUGCAGGAUCAGAUGAUGAUAAACCUGUUUACCCACCAUCUCCAAAAGGUGAUGGUGCCAUUGGAAACUCACCACAAUAUGCUGAUGAUUCAAUAGAUGCUCCAAAAAAACCAAAAGAACAAGCUCCAAAAGCUGAUCCUGGUACUUCUCCUCAAUUUGCUGAUGAUAAUGCUAAAGAUGUUAAAGGCUCUAAGGAAAAAGCUGCUGAUCAAAGUACUCCUAAAGAAGCUCCAAAACCUAAAAUUAACGAAAAAGCUCCAAUCAAAGGUGAAUUUGAUGCUAUUAAAGAUUCAAAUAAAGCUUAUGAAGGUGUCCCAGAUAAAGAAAAAGUUGCACUUGCCGAUGAUGAUGAUUCAAACAUUUCUAACGAAGUUUCAUCCAAGCCAAAACAACAAAAUGUUGCAAAUUGUAAAAAAGAUCCAGAAUUUGUUGUUAUGAUUGAUGCAGGUUCAACUGGUUCAAGAGUCCAUAUCUAUGAAUUUGAUAUUUGUUAUUCUCCUCCAAAAUUGAAUAAAGAAACUUUUGAAAUGUUGAAACCUGGUUUAUCUUCAUUUGAUACUGAUACUUCGGGUGCUGCUAAAUCAUUAGAUCCAUUAUUAAAAAUUGCAUUAGAUACUGUUCCUGAAGCUAAAAGAGGUUGUACACCAGUUGCCGUUAAGGCCACUGCGGGUUUACGUUUACUAGGUGAAGAAAAAUCAAAUAACAUUUUGAAAGCUGUUCGUGCCCAUUUAGAAAAUGAUUAUCCAUUUGCUGUUGUUGAUGGUGAUGGUGUUUCAAUCAUGAGUGGUGAUGAUGAAGGUGUUUAUGCUUGGAUCACUGCUAAUUAUUUAUUAGGUAACAUUGGUUCAAGUGAAAAAACUCCAACUGCUGCAGUUUUUGAUCUUGGUGGUGGUUCUACUCAAAUUGUUUUUGAACCUGAUUUUAAAAAUGGUGAAAAAAUGAUUGAUGGUGAACAUAAAUAUGAAAUCAAUUUUGGUAACAGACAAUUCACCUUGUAUCAAUUCUCCCAUUUAGGUUAUGGUUUAAUGAAAGGUAGAGAAAAAAUCAACACUUUAAUUGUUGAAGCUGCUAUUAAAGAUGGUAAAUUAACUAAAGGUGACUCUGAAAAGAAAACUUUACAAUCUCCAUGUAUCCCACCAGGUUUAUCAGUUAAAGAUGUUAAAGUCACUUUGGAUAACGGUGAUAAGUACACUGUUGACUUGAAAGGUUCAGAUACUCCAGCUGGCGCUCAAUGUAGAUUCCUUGCUGAAUCUAUUUUGAACAAAGAUGCUGAUUGUAAACAAAGUCCAUGUUCAUUCAAUGGUGUUCAUCAACCUUCAUUAGUUCGUACAUUCCAAAAAACCAGUGACUUGUACAUUUUUUCAUACUUUUAUGAUCGUACCAAUCCAUUGGGUAUGCCAUCAUCAUUCACUUUGGAAGAAUUAUCAGAAUUAGCUAAAACUGUUUGUAAUGGUGAAACUUUAUGGACUUCAGCUUUUAGCGCAAUUGAUGGUUCAUUAAAAGAAUUGAAAGAUGAACCACAAUGGUGUUUGGAUCUUUCAUUCCAAGUCGCCUUGUUACAUACUGGUUAUGAAAUCCCAUUACAUCGUGAAUUAAGAACUGCAAAGAAAAUUGCCAAUAAUGAAUUAGGUUGGUGUUUAGGUGCUUCUUUACCUUUAUUGGAUAAGACCACUGGUGGUUGGAAAUGUCGUGUGAAAGAGGUCACCAAAAACUAGAAGAGAAAGAUGAUCUCUUAUAUACAAUUCAAUUGAUGAUUUAAUUUUUGUUUUAAAAACUCUUUAGUAGUAGUUUAUGCUCAUUUAGCAUCACGUGACGUCUCUCCGCUAAAGCCUCAACCGAUAAAAAAAAUUACUGAUUACAAAACAUCAACAACUUUUUCUU